GCCGAACUGUGUAAGUAAACCCGCCGCCCGCCGCCGUCGCAGCCCGCGGCCCGCGUCCGUCCUCGGGUGAACACCCCGCCGUGAAAAAUGAUAACGCGGGGGGUCGUGUCUGAGCUUUAUGGUGAACAGCGCUGCAUCCAUCUGUCCAGCAGGCCUGUGCAGCAUCUCCAGCUCCAGUUGGGGUUGCAAAAGAUAGUCGCAUUCCUGUGAUGCCCCAGGGCGGGCUGAGCUGGUCGGGGUUGCGAUGCCUUACGUGGACCGACAGAAUCGCAUCUGUGGCUUCCUGGACAUCGAGGAGAAUGAGAGCAGUGGAAGGUUCCUGCGCCGAUACUUUAUCCUGGACACUCAGCAGGGCAGCCUCCUGUGGUACAUGGACAACCCACAGAAUCUGCCUAAAGGUGCAGAGAACGUGGGAUCUCUCAAACUUACCUACAUCUCCAAGGUCAGUGAUGCCACCAAACUCAGACCAAAGGCAGAGUUCUGCUUUGUUAUAAAUGCAGGAAUGAGAAAGUUUUAUCUGCAGGCCAACGACCAGCAGGAUUUGGUGGAAUGGAUCAGUGUUCUCAACAACGCCACCAAGAUUACUGUGCCAAAGCCAGGCGAGGGCCACACUGCCCAUGCAGAGACUUCCCAGGAAGUACUUGGAGCCAUGAAACAAGUCUCCUACAGGACUGAGAUCAUAGGAGGAGUCCCUAUCAUCACCGCUACACAGGAGCAGGGGGAGGGGCAGAAUGGGGCAGAGCGUGGAGGUGUGAAGCGGUGUCAGAAUCAGCUGCCCUACUUCCUGUCCAGAGGAGCGCAGGACCCGGCCAUCAUCAAAGCCGGAUACUGUGUCAAACAAGGAGCUGUGAUGAAGAACUGGAAGAGGAGGUAUUUCAUGCUGGAUGAAAAUGCUGUCAGCUAUUACAAAUCUGACCUGGAGAGGGAGGCGCUGAGAGUUAUCCCGCUGAAGGAGAUUCACAAAGUUCAGGAGUGCAAACAGAGUGAGCUGAUGAUGAGGGACAACCUGUUUGAGAUGGUCACCAGCUCCAGAACCUUCUACAUACAGGCCGACAGCCCAGAGGACAUGCACAGCUGGAUUAAGGCCAUCUCAGGAGCGAUUGUGGCUCAGCGUGGCCCCGGACGCUCAGCUAACACUGAGCGCAGUCACCACUCUUCUCCCUCCCCAACAUCCUCCUCCACCUUCUACUACCCCCUUGACCAGGAACCACAUCUCCCACAAUCCUCCUCCCGCCCCUCCUCAGCGGGCACUCAGCCUCACAUUGGACAAGCACCGCCAGGACAACUUCCUGGGCCUGCUUCCGUGGAGGCUGAGUGGUGUCCAGUCCGUGAUGAUGCCCCUCCCUUCAGCGCGCUCCCGCCUGUCGCUGCAGGAGCCGGUGCAGUCAUCAAAGUAACGGAGGGGGAAGACGAGUCCCUGUGGAAACGCCGCAGCGAAAUGGCCGGGCUGGGGUUCGUCGGCAGCGGUGGUGAUGGGCAGCUGAACCGUCACACCGCUGAGAAUUCUGACCUGCACAUUACCCUGAUUUGAUGGUGAUGAUGAUGAUGAUGAUCGACAAUCUCUUAAGGACACACACACACACACACACACACACACACACACACACACACUUCUACCCAAGCUCUAUGUGCUAACACUGCUCUGUGUGCUUAAAAAACUACCUGACUGGCCAAAUGAUCCUUCUACAAAACUGGGACCAGUUUUUUGUAUGUGUGUGCACAUGUGGGAUAGGAUCUUCCUUUACUUUUGUCUUCCUGCGUAUUAUUUACAAAAUAUUGCUGCUGGCAAACAAAAACCAUGUUGUCAUGCAAAGAAACAUAGACCUUAGAUAUCGUACAGUGAAGUUUUGAGGUGUUCAGCAGUGCACGAGCCAUGGAACCUGCUCAUAGCAUGAUGAUGUGUGGGCUUCAUGAUUCAUGUAAGAAACAGACAAACCAAAGUUCGUUUUUCUGCAGCAGCAGCUCAGUGGUUACAGCCCAUCAAACACUGCAAGUGUCAGAUGUCUGCAUCUAACUCUCCUGCGAGACUGACUAAUCCAGCUUCUCGUGUUGUUUUUUUAAGACAAUCCUGCUUGAUAUUAUGAACUCUUCCUGAAUUUCCACCGGAGAACACGAGCAGUUGUGACAACAGCAGAUCCAAUUUGGGGAAUUUCUGACACGUAAUUACCAAAUUUCCAAACGUUUUGACAGCGCUUUGAGGAAAUGGAGAGCUGGAGAGUCCAAAAUGGAAAAAUCCUAUUGGCUAUGUCACAUGAUCCAAUUUUAUGCUCCCAUGCAUCAAAAACGCAGUGCGGCGUAGUUCGAUUUCAUGGUACAAAUACGUGAUUGUGCUGGCUUUGUUAACUGGUACUUAGCUUACUGGUAGCAAGCCAGCUAUCUCAGCAAAUGAUUCUUGGCAGCCUAGGACCUGUAUGUUACUAGCUACUUAGCUUGUUACCGAUUAGCUCGCCAGCCAUGCUUGCCAACUGCGAGCGAUCGCGACUUCACCAGGCUUCGGCACAGCCCCUUUUGCAGGAGCAUGUGGAUGAUUUCGCGGUGCCACUUUCUGCUCGGUCCAGGGACUAAGAGGAGAGUAAAACAUGCUCAACAUCAGGAAAGUUGAGGAACGGAGAUUUUCACCCAACAGUAGCAUCGUGCAAAUAACGCAGUUGUGGCACAAAACGAGCCAGCAGCCCUUUCUCUCCAAACGCUAUAAGCACUUGGAGACCAGAAGUAGAUACAAGAAGUGAGCUCCUUAUAAUUGGAGGCAACAGCUGUCACUUGAUUAGCCCUUCCCCGACCCCUCCCCUUCAAAGCGCGUGAGAAACCCCACGGCCUUCAGCCAAUGUGAGAACACGAAAGGCCUCUCUAGAGCCAGCCUUUCUUGGUUUGUCUGUUCUGGGCCACUGUUGCGGGCGCCGAGGAGGAGGACACGCAAACAUAGUUAUGAAUAACAUGUUCCAUUUCUGCCGGUAGAUCCUCUAAAUCCUACACACUGGUCCAUUACAUGUACUCGGCAGAAAGAGAGGUUAGCGAAUUUCCAUUUUCAGCCUAACCAUCGCCUUGCCUCAUCUACAGAUAACUAUUACAGUAUUUUGGUUUUACAUGUCAAUUAGAUCGAGGGAAAACCUUCUAUUUACAGAUGAGAAAACGACUUACACAGAAAUUUGCUAUGUUUUUAGAAAAACACAAGAAAAGACAAGAAACAAUGAACAGCUCUUUGCUGUGCAAACCUCCAGACAAUCUGGGCUCAGUGGUUCAAGUGAAAACGUUUUUUAAGUGUUUUAUGGUCAAAACAUAAGAUAGGAAGACUUGAACGGGUAUUAAUAAAACGUGAAGUGUUGAGGAGCUGAUUUUCAUUCUGCUCACCAGCUUUACUCGCCUCGACUCCUGCACUACACAUUCGUGUGACCGUUGCUUUUUUAACUCCAUCUGAUGUUGAUGUAUUUGCUUGAAUGGUUUUAGUUUAAAGAUGUGGGGACACAUGAAACCAAACUCAUAUUGUUGAUUUGUUGAUCUGUAAAUGUCGUUUUUGGACCCGGCAGCCGUUCUCCAGGUUUUGUGCCUGUCAGCUCCCAGGCUGCGGACGCUGCACACUCCGUUUUGGAGACUGGCUGUGGGUGUUUUUAGUUUGUUCGGAUGUGCUUUUAGUUUUGAUGGUUUAUUAUUCACAGUGAUGAGAUGGAAAAAUCUACAUGUAUGUGUUGUUUACUGACUUUUAUACACACACGUGCAUGAUUGCAUGCACAUAACACCCCACCCCUGUUGUUCCCUUUUAAACAUAAGCUGGGUAAAGUGCCUGCAUUGUUCUUUCUAAAGAGUUGAUGAGAAAAAAGUAUGAGCUGUUUUGACCAUUUUUAGUGUGUACUUGAUUCUAGGACCAUGUGCUCUAUUUAUUAAAAGAACUUUGAAAAUACGUUUAACUGGA